CGUGCCGCGCCGGUCAUGUGCUCCAGGAUGAUACGAAGGUUCAGGUCGUGGUUCCACCCCAAACAUGACUCUACAACACUCCGCCCUAUCAGGAAACCCUCCAUGGUCCUGCCAAAGCCACCGCAGGCGAACGCCAUCACCAACCUAGCCCUCAGUGAGCCGCCCAGCUCAGAAGCAGAGGUGUUGAAGGUGAGAGAAGUAGACAUGUGCUUCAACACCAACGGCGCAGAUCACCACACUUACCGCUACGAGCUGAUGACUCGUCCUGUCAACCCGCAGUUGGUCGUCAGGCGAGGACAAUCCUUCCAGGUGGACCUGGUUCUGAGUCGGGCAUACAAUCCUGCCAUUGACGCCAUAUCUUUUGUCUUCACUGUCGCAGAGACAGAUAAGCCCAGCUACGGCCAUGGGACGCUGAUGGUGGUUCCCUUGUUAGCCAAAGGAUCUUCAACAGGAGAGAGCUGGACGGCUGUCCUGCAGAGGUCCUCAGAAAAUGUGAUAACCGUGCAUAUCACACCGUCUGCCACAUGUAUCGUUAGUGCCUGGAAGAUGGACAUCGACACAAAACUGUUGAAUGACGGAGCGAUCAGUUACAGCUGCAAGACCAAAAUUUACAUUUUGUUCAACCCCUGGUGUAAAAAGGACCAAGUGUACAUGAAGGAGGAGGAUCGUCGCAAGGAGUAUGUCAAGAUGGACACCGGGCUCAUCUGGCGAGGCAGUCACAACCAGCUGCGGCCUUGUCCGUGGAACUUUGCCCAGUUUGAGAAAGACAUCCUGGACUGUUCUCUCUACCUGGUGACUAAGAUAGGCAAAGUCCCUCUGUCCAGUUGCAACGACCCUGUCAGGAUAUCUAGAGCACUGAGUGCAGCUGUCAACUCACCCGAUGACAACGGAGCCCUGAUGGGCAACUGGACUGCCGAGUUUGACGGGGGAACUCCUCCCACCAAGUGGGUGGGCAGUGUCCGGAUCUUGCAGAAGUUUUACAGCUCCAAGAAACCUGUCAAGUACGGCCAAUGCUGGGUGUUUGCUGGAGUCCUCACCACAGUUUGUAGAGCUCUUGGCAUCCCCUCCAGACCUAUCACCACCUACUCCUCAGCCCAUGACACGCAAAACAGUUUGACAGUAGACUACUUUGUGGACGAGAAAGGUGACAUCAUGGAAGAGCUAACCAGUGACUCUAUUUGGAACUUCCAUGUGUGGAACGAGGUGUGGAUGAGGCGGCCAGACCUUGACCCCGGGGACUAUGAUGGAUGGAACGCCAUCGACGCCACGCCACAGGAGAUGAGCGAGGACAUGUUCCGCUGCGGCCCUGCGUCAGUCAAGGGAGUAAAACGUGGUGAGGUUCUGAAACCUUACGACUCUGCGUUCGUUUACGCUGAGGUGAACGCUGACAAAGUGUAUUGGAGGUAUUCUGGACCAACGCAGCCUCUGAAGCUACUGGGGAAAGAUGUCCAUGGUAUUGGUCAGAAGAUAAGCACGAAAGCUGUUGGCAAGUGGACCAUUGAAGACAUCACACUUUCCUACAAGUUCCCAGAAAAAAGCCAAGACGAGAGAGCGGCCAUGUUGAAAGCUUUGAAACAAAGUGAAAGCCUGUUCAGCAGAUACUACCUCAACGAAGAGUUCAACGAUGUCAAAUUUGACUUUAAACUUCGAGAUGAUAUUGUGAUAGGGUCACCAUUCAGUGCAGCUGUGGUGAUCGCCAAUAAGAGCAAGGACAAGGACUACACAAUCUCUGUGAUCCUGCGAGUGGACGCCGUCAUGUACACUGGUAAGAUUGAGGACUCUGUGAGGAAGGACAAGUUUGACAUUCUUGUCAAGAAGAAAUCAGAGGAAGAAGUAAAGAUCGACGUCACCUACAAUGAAUACAGAGAUAAGCUGGUGGACCAAGGAGCCUUCAACAUCGCCUGUCUGGCUACAGUGCACGACACCAACUACGAGUAUUUCGCUCAGGAUGACUUCAGAGUCAGAAAACCAGACAUCAAGUUUAAGAUUGAAGGCAGUCCCACGGAAGGCAAGGAGUUUUCCGUCACAGCUUCAUUACACAACCCACUUCCCCAUGCUCUCACCAGAGGGAGGUUUGUGGUUGAGGGUCCCAGCCUUGAGGCUCCCAUCAAGAUCAAACUUGAGAGUCCUGUUGAGCCCAACACAGACGCAAGUGUUACAUUCAAGGGGAGGCCGAGGUUCCCAGGGAAGACUACGAUCGCUGCCAAGUUUUACUCCAACGAGCUGGAGGAUGUCGAUGGGUUUACUGUGUUCAUGGUGGGAGAGAAGCCUCCAGGAGAUACAAACGGGAUUAGUAACAACAUCCCAACAUAACCUAAGAAGACGAACUCACAGUAUUGUGCUGAAGAAAUCCCUAGGACAAGACGUCUGGAAAUGAUGUCACCUGGUUUUAUCAGAUGUCAAAAAGAAAUUUUGUCAUAUUUUAAUCAGAAUAACCUUGUAUUAUAAUAAAAUCCUUACACCAAUACUGGAACCCUAUUUCAGUAAAGGUACAAUAAUGACUAUUUUUUUUUUAGUAUAUCUAAAAUUUGUAUUCCAAAAGUGUCAUAUGACUGAACAGGUUUCUAUAAAUAAGAUAAAACAAUGUGUUUUGUAUAUUCAGAUGAUUCAGAUGUAAGUUAUUGCUAUUGUUGUCCUCAUCUCUUGCCCAUUGAAAAAUUGUUGUGGCGUAAGACUCAUUGGUAAGCUAAGAGGUCAUUGGUGACCAUAGUGAAAAUGGAAAUGGUUGUCAUCAAAUCAACAAGUCUAGUUUAUUAGCCCAGGUUCUUACCAUUAUGAGCCGUUGUUUUCAGUAUUUAGCAGUAAAAAUGUAGCAUGUUCAAAAUAAGAUUAACUAGUACCUAUCAUCCAUACUUGCAUACUUAGUGCCAUAAUUAUAAUUUUCUUAAUCAUUGCAUUUUUGAACUUCAUUAAUACAUUUUCUUCUGUUGUAUGCAUGUCAUAGAUUUUUAUUUUAAAAUAAUAAAUAGUGCCUUACUUUGCCAUCACAUUUAUAGUCACUAAACCAUUAUGUUAGUUUUUAAUGUAUUUACAAAAUGUAUAAUUUUGUAUUUGUUAUUAAAUGAAUAAAAAUAACUAUGAAUAUGUUAAUACUUAAUAUUGUACCCUUGUGUUAUUUUUUACAGCUUUCCUUAUUUGUAUGCACCCCAGUUUGUUAUUAAUUUUUUGUUUACUUGUUUCCUUAGUUGUCUUAGUCCUUUAAUUGUUAUUUUAAAUCAAGUAUAAUUCGAUAUUUUAUACAUCCGUAGUAGUUAACUUUGUAUAGUUAGUUUUACUACACCUGCCAUUCAUUAGCUUUAGCUAUUUUUUUUAGCUUUUAACUUAUUUGCGUCCAUAAUUGUUUAAAUAAAGAGCAAUAUAUUUGAACAAUAAUUCAUAUUAAUUCAGUUUAUUUUAAUAAUUCUUCUUAUGCUAUUAAUAGUUAACAAUUCCUAUAAAUUGAGUUUAUUUUUAGCUAGUAAAGUCGUUGUUUUGUAAUUCAAUUUCAUUAAACACACAGUUUAAAGCUAUUUACGCUAGAGAUUGUUUCCCCUAAACCAUCGUAUAAACAAAAUUUUCUAUUUUGUCUAAUAGUUAUGAUAAUAAUGUCUGCAAUAUUAAGUUUAGCAUUACCAAAACUGUACUUGCAUUACAUAUUUUAUGGAUUUUUGUAAGUGUAAUUAAAAUAAUAAUCAUAA